AUGGACAUUAGAGACGACCACGAGGGAGGUCCGCCUGAACUAGUUGAUGUUGACGUGCUCGAGGAGGAGUCAGUGCCCAAGUCUCCCACAGAACAGAAGCCGAAGAAAGUCCCUAUCACAAUAGUAACAGAGUUUGGUGAUUGUAAGUACGGCUUUUUAUCAACUUUUUUCUUAGUUAGUACUGACAAUUCAGCAAUUGAUAUUGAAAAAUCCUUAACCGUCAACAAAGACGGCCAGCAAGUUGAAGAAUGGCUGGAGCUGGCAAACGGCUGCAUAUGCUGUUCCGUUAGAGACACGGGAGUAGUCGCCAUAGAGUCGCUCAUGGAGCGCCAAGGCACAUUUGACUACAUUUUGCUGGAGACGACCGGGCUUGCCGAUCCAGGAAAUAUUGCACCAUUAUUUUGGGUUGAUGAUGGAUUAGGAAGUACUAUCUACCUGGAUGGGAUCGUCACUGUAGUUGAUGGAAAGAAUAUUCUCCAACGUCUUGAUGAACCAGCACCGGCGGAAGCCCAGGGUACACACGAUGGAACAGUUCUAACUACAGCCCAUCUCCAGAUAUCGCAUGCUGAUGUGAUCAUACUGAAUAAGAGUGACCUGAUUACAGCCACUGAAUUGGAAAAUGUUAAGGAACGGAUAACCUCGAUUAACGGUCUGGCUAAAAUUCUUGUGACGGACCAUAGCAAGGUUCCCAAUCUUGAAGGCACAUUGCUUGAGAUACAUGCUUAUGAUAAUUUGAGCAAUGUCGAUUUCAACCAGAAGAGCCAUAGUCAUCUGGAUCCCUCAAUCUCAACGCUUUCCUUCACAGUUGACAAGAUAUCCCAAGAGUGUGUGCCCAAGGUGGACGCAUGGCUACGCUCGCUACUGUGGGAGCGUCAACUUCCUCAUUCCCAGCCGACAAAUACGAGCCUGCGGAAGAUUAAAGAUUUUGAAAUCCAUCGACUAAAAGGACUGCUCUGCCUAACCGAUGGCGGUACGCAGAUCAUCCAGGGAGUUCAGGAAGUAUUUGAGAUUACGGAGACUGAUAGCAGGCACACAUCAGCUUCGGGGGAUCUUUGCAAAAUCGUCUUGAUUGGACGAGGGUUGGGCACAGAUAGCCACCCCUGGCAGGAGAGCUUGCAAAUUUCUCUAGGGCGUGCUAGUUAA